CGGUACUACUACUUUCAUUGCCGAGAACAGUUAAUUUCUUACAAAGCAGCACGGCUUGAUCAAAAGCUAUCAAGAUUAAGGAAACAUGCCAUUAGACGUGCGCAAAGACGCGGAGCAAUGAUGGAGAAAGAAAAUUAAUGUUGCAGAAAUUCAGGAGAAUCAUUCAAAUAUGAACCGCUUAUCCAUCUUCUCGUCGUUGAUGRCCAUUGUCUUUAUUAAUAGUUCCUCGUUUAGAGGGAUUACAGAGGCUACGACAACGGUCGGUGCUACCACUCCAACACCUGGAUAUACUACAGUUGCAUCAACUACCACUACGCCAUCUGUACCAGAUGGAAGUAGGAACAACACCAUAAGAUUCACCAAGAAACCACCAAACCCACUGGUCGUUGUUAUCGGACAAAACAGCACAAACGUCACCCUGACAUGGGAGUUUGACUUCACUGACUGUAAUUGUGUUGUUAUAGACUCGGUCAGAAUCAUAAGGUAUCGAAAAAAUGAUGAAACACUUACGAAGAAAGAGAUUGGAUUCUUUAAUUCUAGCAAUGGCAAGAUAAAAACGGAAGUGUCCAAAUUUCAGCUUCACGUCGGUUUAAACGAAUCAUCUCGUCAGGGAUAUGUAUAUUUCAUCUUGAAUGACAUCACGAAGCAAGGGUACAAUUUGGAUAACAGCACAGUUGAUGUUCUCUUGAAUAACUCGGUGUAUGUCUUUAGAAUUGAAAUUGCUUUUUCGCAAGCGAACGGGAUAACAAAGACAGUGAACGACUCUGUCGACCUUCGAGUUCUUGAUGAGAUACGACCUACUGUGAAUGCAACAGUACCAACCACAUCUCCAAAAACUACCGCAAUACCAACAGCGACAGUAUCAGCUGCACCUCUCACUAGUACAACUGUAUCAGCCGAACCUCUCAGUAGUAUAUUUGUAUCAGCUGCAACAUUCAUUAGUGAAACUGUAUCAGCCGAACUACUCAUUAGUACAACUGUAUCCGAUGCACCACUCAGUAGUACAUUUGUAUCAGCCGAACCUCUCAGUAGUAGAUUUGUGUCAGCUGGACCACUCAGUAGUACAACUGUAUCAGCCAAACCUCUCAGUAGUACAUUUGUAUCAGCCGCGCCUCUCAGUAGUACAACUGUAUCAGCGGAACCAAUCAGUAAUACAAUUGUAAUGGACUCACAACUCAGUAGUACAGGUGUAUCAGCCGCACUUCUCAGUAAUACAACUGUAUCAGCCUCACCUCUCAGUAGUACAUGUGUAUCGGCCGAACGACUCAGUAGUACAACU